AUGAAACUGAUUAGUGAGUACGACAAACAAGCUUCAUCGGUAUACUACCUGCCUCACCAUCCCGUGAUUAAGGACUCCAGCACGACAACCAAAGUCAGAGUCGUCUUUGAUGGCUCUUCCAUGACAUCGUCUGGCAGCUCUCUUAAUGAAGCUCUUUGUGUUGGUCCGAUAGUGCAGGAUAAUCUGCUCACACUCAUUCUUCGUUUUCGGACGUAUCCGGUAGCUCUCGUAGCUGAAAUCGCUAAAAUGUACAGGCAGGUUUUGGUCCAACCCGAACAUACACCAUUGCAAAGAAUCCUUUAUCGGUUCUCGCCAAGCAAUCCAGUUCAGUCAUACGAGCUGCUCACUGUAACAUACGGACUAGCACCCUCUGCCUUCCUGGCCACCCGUACACUGAAGCAGCUAGCAAAGGACGAAGGCUCAACUUAUUCCCUCGGAGGACCGGCUCUCGAAAGAAACUUUUAUGUGGAUGACUUCAUCGGCGGAGCUCCAUCGGUAGAAGAGGCCAUACGUUUAAGGAACGAGUUAUCUGAGCUACUAAAAAAAGGUGGCUUCGAGUUGCGGAAAUGGACAUCGAAUCAUCUUGAGGUACUUCACGGUUUGAAUGCUGAUCAAAUAGGGACGCAAUCUCCUCUGCAAUUCGGUCCGGAUGAAACAGUCAAAACGCUGGGAAUUAGCUGGGAACCCAAGAAUGAUUUCCUUCGUUUUGACUCACAAAUUGAGCCCAUCAAUGGCCCAUGGACUAAGCGGUUAAUACUAUCAACCAUAGCCAAACUUUUCGAUCCGAUGGGACUUAUUUCACCGGUGGUAGUAUCAGCAAAAAUCCAUAUGCAACAACUUUGGGUGCUUUCAUGCGGAUGGGACGAUCCAGUGCCUGAAAUCAUACAGACAAAAUGGAACACUUACUGGCAAGACCUACCUAAAAUAGCCGCUUUCCGUGUACAAAGAUACGCGUUUCUACCUAGAUCGCAGGUGCAGCUCCACACUUUCUCCGAUGCCUCUGAGGACGCCUAUGGAGCAUGCGUUUACGCACGAAGCGAAGAAACCAAUGGAAGCAUCAGGGUACAAUUAUUAGUUUCCAAAUCUAGGGUCGCUCCCCUGAAACGUUUAAGCAUCGCAAGGUUGGAAUUAUGUGCUGCUGUCCUUGGUGCCCAUCUCCACGACCACGUAAAGCGCUCCUUAAAUCUUGAAAUCGAAUCAUCAUACUUCUGGACGGACUCUACGGUUACUCUUCAUUGGCUCAAAUCCCCUCCAAAUGUUUGGAAGACGUUCGUGGGCAAUAGGGUGGCCGAAGUGCAACACUAUACACACUGUUGUCAAUGGCGCCACGUUCAUGGAAACUCUAAUCCGGCUGAUUUAGUAUCCCGUGGAGUAACGGUUGAAGGACUUUUGGGCUCCGACUGUUGGAUCGAUGGGCCCAGUUGGUUAUCGCUUACGAACAAAAACUGGCCUGUGCUUGUGCUGCCAGGUGUUCCCGAGGAGAGGCUCGAAAUUCGCCAAGUUGCUGCAACAACACAAAUGCGAGACACAAUCAAUCCUUUCUUCUUGCGCUACAAUUCUUACACUCGUAUGCUAUACGUCAUCGGCUACUGUUUGCGAUUCAUUGCUAACAUCAGAACGAAACUUCAAGCAAGAACCAACUCUUCAACUCCAUUCGACGUUACAUCCAGCAUGUCAUUAACUGUUGGUCAUCUAGGGGAAGCAAAAAUACGCCUCACUCGCUUAGCUCAAGAAGACGCCUUUCAUGAUGAAAUUCGGGAACUGGAAAGUGGAAAAUCCGUAUCGAAAAAAUCAGCACUUCGCUUAUUAAACCCGUUCCUAGAUUCCGAGAGAGUGUUGAGAGUCGGAGGUAGACUAAAAUUGUCCCAAUUGCCCUACCACGCGAAACACCCUGCCCUACUUGCUGCCAAUCACCCACUAACUCGUCUAAUAGCCGAAUACACCCACAUUAAACUCCUUCACGGCGGCGGGCGUCAUCUGCUGGCCACAAUUCGUCGAGAGUUCUGGCCUCUGAAUGGCCGUCGGCUGGUCAGAAGCAUUACUCGUAAUUGCUUUCGUUGUACACGGCUAAAUCCACAAUUCGUCGAGCAACAAAUAGGCCAGUUGCCAGCGCAAAGAGUAAUUCCAGGAAGACCUUUCGAAAUCACUGGGGUAGACUACGCUGGUCCUGUCUAUCUUAAGCCGACCCAUCACCGUGCAACCCCGAUGAAAGCUUACAUCUGUAUUUUCGUAUGCUUCACCACGAAGAAUGUGCAUAUAGAACUUGCCAGCGACUUGUCUACUAACGGGUUUCUGAAGGCUUUGCGUCGUUUCAUCGCACAUCGUGGAAUCCCUUCCCACCUGCAUUCUGAUAACGGGAAAAAAUUUGAGGGUGCCAAAAAUGAACUCAUAGAACUGUACCGAAUGCUACGAAACAGCGGUGAGCAGGACAAGAUCCAAAACGUUUGUGCCGAACAAGGAAUUCAGUGGCAUCUCACUCCCCCGAAGGCCCCUCAUUUCGGUGGGUUAUGGGAGGCGGCUGUCAAAGUUGCCAAAAAACAUUUGUUCCGUCAGCUUGGGUCCAGCAGGUUGUCCUUUGAAGAUAUGUCCACGGUGCUUACACAAAUAGAGUCGAUAAUGAACUCGCGUCCGCUACUUCCUGUUACCGACGAUCCAGAGGAUUUUGACAUCCUGACUCCAGCGCACUUUUUAAUAGGGACUUCAGCUUCAGCCUUGCCCGACCCAAACGUCACCAGUAUUCCGGAAAAUCGCCUCAGCCACUACCAGCAGCUUCAAAUGCACGUGCAGCAAUUCUGGAUUCGAUGGCGAAAUGAAUAUCUGCAAGAGCUACAGCGCGAUUCCAAACUUCGCAGCCGAAACGACGAAAUUUCUCCUGGACGAAUGGUCAUCGUAGUGGACGAACUGCAGCCUCCUCUCCGUUGGCCUCUUGCACGAAUAACAACUGUUCAUCCAGGAAAAGAUAACAUCGUCCGCGUCGUUUCACUUCGAACAGCUAGAGGAGUAAUCAAGUGUCCGACUGCCAAAAUUUGUUUGUUGCCGUUUUCCAAUGCCACCAAUGACGUAGAGGAAUGCCCAAUAAGCAACGAAUCAAGGCCAGAUCCAACAGCAGCGACUAAAUUGUGA